AUGUACCUUUGGUAUAUCCUGAUAGAUGAUCUCUUUACAUGUAGCUCUGACUCCCAACAACAGGCAAAAUAUAGAAAGUAUUGGACUCAUUCACAAGAGUGUUAGUGUUGUGCUUGGUGCAGUUUGGAGUAGGAGUAAAAGCAUUCUGUUUGAGAGAAAGCUGGAUCAGUGCUUUCUGUGAAUGUGGCGCCACAAGGUCCGUCGUCAUUAUGACGAAGGCGAGCAUCAAGAUGAUGAGAUUGAAGGGAGGAGGACGUUUACUCUGGACGAUAAGCUGACAACAGAUCGUUACAACUUCCCAAUGGUCAAGACUAUGAGUAGCCAAGAUUUCACACUUCAGUGGCUUCAAGAGAAUGGCUUUGAUACACCUCUAUUGUUUAAAGAAUCUACCCAUCUUGACAUCAGGACACCGGAUAGUACCUUCACUGUUAGCGAUGUCAAGCAAUUUGUUGGGAGCCGUCGUGUUGUUGAUGUGAUGGAUGUGAAUACACAGAAAGGCAUUGAAAUGACCAUGGCUCAGUUUGCCAGGUAUUAUGAAAGCCCUGAUCGUAAGGAGCUUUACAAUGUCAUUAGUCUUGAGUUCAGUCACACAAGAUUAGCAGAUGCUGUCCAGCAGCCAAAAGUGGUUCGUCAGAUUGAUUGGGUGAAUAAUGUUUGGCCUCGUCAUUUAAUAGAUACCCAGAGAGAUAGCACCAAUAUUCUAGCUGAAAUGAAAUAUCCCAAGGUCCAAAAGUAUUGUUUGAUGAGUGUAAAAGGGUGCUACACAGACUUCCAUGUUGACUUUGGUGGUACAUCUGUCUGGUAUCACAUACUCAGAGGAUCAAAGGUGUUUUGGUUGAUCCCACCGACGGACGAGAACUUGGAGACGUAUGAGACUUGGGUGUUGUCAGGGAAGCAAGGAGAUAUCUUCCUUGGAGACCGGGUGAUGGAGUGUGGGAGGAUCCGCCUGGAGGCAGGAGACACCUUCAUGAUCCCUACAGGUUGGAUCCACGCAGUUUAUACGCCUGAAGAUUCACUGGUGUUUGGUGGUAAUAUCCUGCACACAUUCAAUGUUCGGAAGCAGCUUGGUGUUUGGCAACUUGAAGACAGAACAAGGGUGCCAACCAAGUUCCGCUACCCAUUCUACUUUGAGAUCCACUGGUUUGCUCUCGCUAGGUAUGUUGAAGUCCUCCUCGGUCGCCAGCAUGUCAGACAAUCUGGAAACUCGCAGUUGGAACAAUUAGAAUUAGCAUAUACAAACAAUGGACAUAGCAUCAAGCAAGAGAAUGGAAUUGAUGUGCAUGUGAAGGCGGAUGAGGAGGAGGAAGUUCAGAUUAAUCAUCGCCAUAGAAACGUGAAGGUGGAAGACGAGGAUGAGAUGUCGGAUGCCAUCUUGAAAUCACUGGCAAUGGGACAAACUAUGGACAUGGAUACUUCGGAUGACAAGGAUUAUUCAUUUGAAGAUUCCACAGAGAAAUUUGAGAUCAAAUUUGAGCCAACUGGAAGUGGGGGAGGGGAGUUUGCAUCGACUUCAUCGUUAGGCGGAGUCAAGGAGCACAUCCACCUGUCAUGGGCCGAAAUGGAAGGUUUGAUCAACUUGGUGGAGUUCUUGGAGAGUCUACCAAGGAGUAAACGCAGUGUCCCAGAACUCAUUGAAAAUCCUGAUCAACUCUUAGAAGAUGCCAGGGAGAUGCUAGAGCUACACCAAGAUGAUGAUCCAGGUCUUGGAGUCACUGGAAUCCCAGUUGUUAAAUGGCCAGAUCCUCCUCCUAAGCCUCCUGUCAAACUAAAACCACUCCACUCUGGUGUAAAGCGGGUGAAGAAGAAAAAGAAGAACAAGUCUCUGACGAUGAAUCGUAAGCGACGUACACGCUGCAAGAACUGUGCCAACUGCACCAGGGCAGAUUGUGGAGAGUGCAACUACUGUUUGGACAUGAAGAAAUAUGGAGGUCCUGGGAGAAUGAAGCAAUCCUGUAUCAAGAGACAAUGUUUAACUCCCAUCCUACCAGGCAAGUCUAGCUGUUCAAUAUGCAAGCAAGAGGAUUGCGAUGCAGAAGGGAACACCACUCUCUUUGAGUGCUAUGUCUGUCAUGAUAUCACCCAUCCUGCAUGUGUGAAGGAGCAAGGAUUUGAGGCAGAGGGUGUCAUGAACGAGGAGCUGACAAACAGCUGGGAGUGCCCCAAGUGUGUGGAGGUAGAAGAUGAUGACGACGAGGAGGAGGAUGAUGAGGAUGAAGAGGAGUCUGGUCAUGAGUCUGAUGGUAGUUCAGAGAAGUCAGCGUCUGCAAGAGGCAGAAAAAGGAAAGCUGAUAAUGAUGAUGGGAGUCCUGAUGCUGGCACACCCGGAAAGAGAGUGAGCCAACGAGGAAAGGGACCUUCCAUGGCAUCAACGUCCACCUACCAAGGUACACUCCGGACAAGACUAAGGCAUCGCGGAGGAAACACCCAGCAGCUGGCCAAGAAGAAGGUGCGCCAGGCUAAGUAUCACAUGCAGAAGUCAUCACUCAAAGGGAAAGCAAUGGCAAAGAGGCAUACUUGGCAGCCCAAGAAGAGACACCCUGGUAGGCCACCAAAACUUCAAGCUCAGGUAGAACCAAAGCCGAUCAUCAUGGAGAAGAUACCAGCCUGUGCUGCUCCAAAGUUUGUUGUCCGACCGGCUUCUGCAAACCCUCCUGCUGAGUUUGUUCUUAUGGCAGAUGAAACAAAGCAUCCCAUCCAUCGGGAUGACUGGAUGACUAUCUUCCAGUUCCUUGACAGACAUGCUCUCAACGAAUGCAUGGCUGUCUGCAAGACAUGGAACAGAUGGUGCAUUCAUCCUUCACUCUGGAAGAAGAUCAGUCUUGCCCGUGUAUCUCCCCUCACAAAGUCUGCACUCUGUGGAAUUGUCCGGCGUCAACCGCUUUCACUGAAUCUCUCCUGGACAAACAUCAGCGCCAAGCAACUGUCCUGGCUCCUCCCGCGUCUCCCGAACCUCAAGGAACUGAGUCUUGGUGGGUCAACUUGGCCUGUUGUUUACAGCCUAGCCUCUGUAGCUUGUCCCUUCUUAACAUCACUUGACCUACAGUGGGUGAGCACCCUCAAUGACUCUUCACUCAUGUCUCUACUCUCCCCUCCCAAUGACCACAGACCAGGUUAUUUUGAUGAACGUUCCCGUCUCUCAAACAUUGAGAGGUUAUGCUUGUCUGGAGCAGACAUCACUGAUGCAACCAUGUCAGCAAUUGUUCAGUAUGCACCACUUCUUGCUCACCUGGAUGUUAGUUUCUGUGGUAACCUAACUGAUGCUAGCAUCAGGAUUCUUCUUGAUGAGAAGUCUCCCGUCAGAAUGACUCUUAGAGAGCUGAACAUUGCUGGUUGCAGGAAAAUGACACUCUCUGUCUUUAGCCAACUAGAGUCUUGCCCAACUCUCAAGAAGCUCAUCGUUCAUUCCUGUCCCAACCUGGCCCAAGAAGCUUGCCUGAAAUUCACUGAGCAGAAAGGAGUUGAGAUGGUGACAAACAAACCAAGGAGAAUGUGUAGAACAAGCAGCCACUGAUUGGGUGAUUCCAUGUCAUUUAAUCAAGUAACAAUCAUUUCUAUGGAAGAUCUACACAUUAUUCCUAACCUUAAAACUAAUCCAUACCCCAAUGGUCACAUUAUCCUUGGGAUGUUUCAUAAAGCUCUUUGUAAGUUAUGAACAAAUGAUAAAAUGGUCCCUUUAAUCUAGUCAAAUAUUGACAUUUGUUAAAUACACUCGAAAAUUAAAUGCCUGUUAAAGAUGAUGAUAUUAAUCUGGACAAAUUGCAUUUCAACUUUAGCUAAUGGGAAUACAAAUUAGUAAGAAUCUUAUGUAGCACAAGAAUGGUUCACUGGUCAUGCAUAGUUAUGUGUAACUUUUAAAUGGCUUUAUGAAACACCCCCUGAAAUUGAUGUUAUCACAACCUAUCCCAACCCAAUAUGUCAUCAAAGUAGGAAGAAGUGCCACAGGGGAAAAUGUCUGGUCGCUUGGGGAGCAUUUUAUGAAGAAUUAUACUUGCAUCUGAUUGGCUGAGAGCAAGCUAUUCCAUUAAAAUCACUUGUAACACUCUCCAUGAAACCCUUUCCUGAUAUUGCUACAUGCAAUGACUCUAGUUGUGUCAAUUAACUCGAGGAAGAUUCAGUGGGCUAGCUGGCACAAUGACUUUCCUAGGUCACAUGUACAUCUAUUUUCAUGUAUAUAAUGAAUAUGCACUUUGUAAAGUUCUGUAAAGACUUGUUUGGACAUGGUGAGACAGAGCUCAGAAGCAUUCUCUAAAGCGACCAGACAUUGUAAUCUAAGUUACCCUCUUUAUGCUCAUAAACCCGCAUACAUUCAGUGGCAGAUCCACAAUUUAUGAAAACUGGCACAGAUGAAUUUUUUUAAAAAUUUAUAUCAAAGUGUAUAUUCAUUGGAUGUUUAUCAAAUAUUGAAGGGAGGGGGGUGGAGAGGAUGUCUCAUGCGCCCCGCCUAGGAAUGGUAUCUCGUUCCUGCAACAUUCAUUGUUGUAUUGUAUCCCAUUGACGCUGUACAAGAAUUUUCUGAGCUUUGUUGUUGAGCUUUAUCAUACUUUGUCUAAAAAUGCCUUAGAUUAAACACGUUGCAUUAAUUAAUCAAACCAAAUGAUCACUCUUCCUGAGAGGAGGCAACUGCAAGAAGGAAAUAUUUCCCUUCACCAAUUGAAACUUUGUUGUUUGCAUCAAACUAUUCCAGGGUUAACUUUGGCGAUGAAACACUUGUGAAGUGUCUCUUAGAAUGUUUACAUUUACCAAACAGUUUGAUAUACAUGUCUUAUACUAGAUGUCAUUGUUACAAUUGUUAAGUGGGUAAUAUAUUUUCAUAUGGUAAUGGUUUCAGGUCCAAUAUAUUAACAAAAAAUGAGUAAUAAAACUUGAUUUUUAAUCUUUGUCUCAAAUAUCUCGGUAUCCUGAGUAGUUUCCUGGUAAUAUGUUUCUUUUAUUUAUGACUCCAAGGAAAAUAUAGAUACAAAUUAUGCAAUGAAUCAUGUGAACAAAUAUCUACUUUAUGUACAUCUACUUGAAAAAAAAGUGUAAUUGUUUCAUUGUUAGUAACAUUGCAUUUUGCCAAAGCCAAACAGAUUUCUGUACAUAAGAAAUUUGACUAUGGCAGACUUGGCUGUAUCUGUAAUGACAAUGAGGUUCUGAAUAUCAUGAUAAUUUAGACUAAAUAUAAUUCCUUACUGUGCAGGACACCACUACAUUAUGCUGGGGGAGGGGGAUGUCGAAUACUUACUGAGUGCAUAUUGGCUCAUAAAAGAUGACUUUAAGUUUUAACACAGGUUGUAAACACUUUACUUUGUAAAGUAUCAACUGUGUAAAACAUCUCCUGAGAAGAGGAAAUAUAAGUGAAACAAUUCAAUAUUUUAAAUCAGCGCUUCUCUUAGGUAGGCCGCAAGAAGUUCCAGAGGGAGAAAAAAUAGGAGAAAAACUAUAGUAUAUUUCACAGAGCUGUCUGAACAUAGUAUGUCCGAUCAGUCUACAUGGGUCAAACAAAACUAAAACACUCUUAGGUAUCAUGCAUGUUGCAAAGCAUGCACACUAUGAUGGUUUCGAACUAACUUUAAUGUGAACCUCAUGUGCAUGCAUAUUGUGUAUGUAGUUAAUUGUCGCCUAUUUACCGGACAUUUUCAAAUGCAGAUUUUCUCAAACUGUCUGUUUCGAAUGUGCUUCAGAGCUUUGUGUUCAAAUUUCACGAAUCAUUUUUCCAUCAAAAUGGACGUUUUCUUAAAAUUUUGGUAGGUAGGCCUAAAAAAAAAAAAGCUGAAUCAGAUGAUCUGUGUAGGUUUGCAUGGUGGAGUUUGUAACGUGGAGAAGGUUUACGGUUCACCAUGUAAUAUGAAGAAGGAAAGGAAUUAUAGGCAGAAAGAUUGAAAUUGAAAGACGAGAUAGGAUGAAAAGAGGAAAUUAGAAGUAUUCUUUCUUGAAAGUGAGUGAAGUCCUAAAAAGGACUGUAAACCAGAUGAGAUGAGCUGAAUAUGGCUUGAGUAGCGAUGGUUUGAGUAGUAGGAAGAUGAAGUGAAAAGAGGUUACUCAAGCCAUAUUCAGCUUAUCUCAUCUGGUUUACAGUCCUUUUCAGGACUUCACACACUUUCAAGAAAGAAUACUUCUAAUUUCCUCUUUUCAUCCUAUCUCGUUUCUUCAAAUUCAAUCUUUCUGCCUAUAAUUCCUUCCCUUCUUCAUAUUACAUGGUGAACCGUAAACCUUCUCCACGUUAAAAAAAAGGUUGAGAAGCACUGUUCUAAAUAACUGUAUGCAUACUACCCGUCUAUUGAUAAUGUAUAUACCCUAUUAAGGAUUUCAUCAGGAUUGAUUGCAUUAUGUAUUAGUUUUACUCUGUGUUUAGUUUGUAUAUAUGUACUUGAAACUGGAUUAUUUCCAGCAUGGGUAUGUUAAUUAAAUGUAAAUGAAGUG